AUGAGCCAAAACUUCCUGUCCGUUGGAUGUCUCCCGAGGCUAUCCGNUAUCCGUGAUGGCCUGUUCACCACAAAGUCCGAUGUGUGGGCGUUUGCGGUGACCUGUUGGGAAGUAAUGACAUUGGGAGCGGAUCCAUUCUAUGGUCGGGCAAACUUGGAUGUGAUGAAUUUGGUCAUUGGAGGUCACGUGCUUGGAAGACCGGAGAAUUGUCCAGAUGAGUUAUAUAACCAAAUGCUUCAAUGUUGGAGUCGGUUCAGUGAAAUGCGACCAUCAUUCGCAGAUCUGACGGAAAAAAUGAACGAAUUCGUUCAACGUUCACAUGAUAGCGGCAGUCCAUUCUGUGGCGCAUUUAUCGUUUCGCUGCCUUUGCCGCGUAGUUUACCCGAUUCGUCUGGUCAGCCUAUAUUCGCUUGUAACCGAGAUGAACGUCAACCGCAGCUAUCACUGGUUCCCGAUUUUGCGAAACCCACGAAUGGAAACAAAUGUCAACGAAGAGCCUCUCUAAACGAGUAUCGAAGUAACGCACAACUGGGCAAAGACAAUUCCUUCGCAUCGUCUCAAUGUCACACGAUCAAUCGUGGACGUCAUGGUUCACAACGUAUCCCAAGACAGACGUUGAAUUUACCCGUGUGUCACGAACAAGAUACCGGUUGUGGAAGUUUUCUCGGUCCUCGUUCUAUGGAUCUAGGCCUGUCCGGCCCUGGUGUGAUGCGUAAGCACAGCACAUGUGGUGCAAACGGAACUGUGAUCGGUGCUCCACGUGUGGACAAUCGUACCUAUCUGGUGGCAUCUACAGCCACAACCGGAUACGAAGGAGCACUUUCGGAUCCUUCCACUGAACAGACUACUCUGGUUACAACAACCACCGGCACGGACGGAGCCACACACGGUUCCGUGAAUGGAAACACUGCACUCGAUCCAAAUGUGUUCACCACACCAUCCGUGAGUAGCAAUUGUUGUGUGGUAGGUGGCAGUGGCCCAGUAAGCGGUACCGGAUUAAACGCCACCGAUAAAUUAUUACAUCCACAACAAAAUACCGGUCAUGAGACACGACCGGUCUCGUUAUUUGACAAUCCUGGCUCAUCCGGGAACCUGCCCAAUCCCCAUACCGGUUUCUAUCGAUCUUUAAGCUAUCGAAAUCCACAUGGUCUGCCCGUGGGACAAAUGAAUGCCCCCAGUCGGGUAAUGACACAAAGUCAACCGCAUUCAGCCGGGGUCGAACAACCGAACGGGAGCGGAUCAACCACUGGUCGUAGUUUAACUGCCUAUUGGCUAGUUGGAACUGGUGGUGGUGUCGAUUCCCAAGGUUAUGAAAGACCCUCGUGGACCAGUGCCUCACCUAGUAUGCAUGGAUGGAUGAAUAGUCAGACACAAUUGUUAAAUCAGCGUACUAGUGGAAUCUCUACCCAGAAACCGAGUAUGGAUCCAAUCGGUUUACAAGAUUUAACAUACGAACAAAAAACUCUACGCGGUACAAUCUCUGGUUAG